AUGCUGGACGUAUUUGACACCAGCCAACAAACAAGCCUUCCACAUCGCACCUUGGACGCUGAUGUCUUGGUCGAUCAUGCACUCCCUGCAAUCUUCAUCAUGGUGGAAGUGCGAGUACUCUUGGAUGUGACCAUCCACGAUUUCCCUUGCAUCGAUUUGAGCCUGGACUACCAGGAUGUUUCUCCGUCUGCGAAGAAACGAGCGUUUUUGCCUCGUUUUUCAGCUGUUUUUGCCUCGGAAAUCGACCUGCCAGUGGAAAUUGAGGCGAUGGGAAACCGCCAGACGGAUAUCCGCACGGGAGUGUCGAAGCAAAGACUGAAAGCCGAUGGCACCCCUGUGGGCGAAGACUGCUAUGGAGCAUUGCCUGAUGGUGAAUGCUGCAAUACCUGCUCCGAUGUUCUCUAUGCAUAUCGCAUGAAACGGUGGGCGCUCCCCCGUAUUGAAAGCAUCAAGCAGUGCCAGCAAGAUGGUACCGCCAAAUCUGCGUACCAGCCGCCACAGAUUGCCCACAUCAAGGACUACAGCUCUGAUGAUUAUUUGAAUAACUUCAAGAGGAUUGGAAGUAUGACCCCGUCCGGCAACGAGGCGCGAAUCACUGCGCCCUUAAAACUGAAUCUCAGCUUGAAUCUGCAAAACAUCACCUUCAAGCCUCUGAACCUGAAGCCCUUGGGUUCACCCUUGUCACUGGACUUUGAUGAUUGGGACGACGAGGAAUUUGAGGGCGAAUCGUCCAGGCAGAAGGACAAAGUCCUCUCUUGGCCAUCUUGUGUCAGGCGGAACGUUGUGGUCAACGGCUACGACAUCGAUGCCGCAGUGUUUGAGGACCUCACGCCCUUCGGAGCCAAGGAAGGGUGCUGGAAGGACAAUUGUCUUCGCAGCGACAAGUUCAACUGCGACAGUAUGGAUCACUGUGCGACAGUUUGCAGUCAGGUACCCAAAUGCUCUUGGUGGACUUGGGGUGUGGAAGAGUUUGCGGCCAAGUGCUGGCUACGCACGGGCACCAGCAGGAAGAGUAAGCGAUAUGGUUUUUCAUCUGGAACUCGCAAUUGCACAGUGGCUCUAAAGACGGCGACCACGACACCCGCCGCUGACGGAGCUUCGGAGGUGGAGGCGCUGAAGGCGCGCCGCUUAUCCAGUUUCGAUGAUUUGCCGCAGGGCUGGGAUCUGCCUCUGGGGUCGAUGCUGCACAUGCCGAUCUUCGAAUGGCGAGACAAGGAGAGUGAGCUGCGACGUGAGAUGAAGGGAGAAAGCUGUCGGAUCCAUGGAUAUUUCGAUGUGAAUAGGGUCCCUGGUAACUUCCACAUCGGCGUGCAUGGAGCUAUGGUCCCAUCAUACCUGUCCUUCUACGACGAGCCAGCACCGCCUCAACAGAACAUGCGGCACACCAUCAACUCCUUGGCCUUCAUCGAUGUGCCAUAUAAGUCUGGUGGCAUGUCCCGGCCACUGGAUGGUUUUGAAAGUCCGAAGGCCUUUACUUUCCAGUACUACCUCAUGAUCACUCCUGUGACCCGCAAGACUCGUGCGGUGGAAUGGGGCUAUCAGUUCAAAGCCGCUUCCUUCGUGACCAACGAGCUCAUCGGUCCCGCCGUCUUCUUCCGCAUGGACUUUGAUCCAAUCAGAGUCACUUACUUCACCGAGCAUGUACCCUUCAGCAAAUUUCUGGUGAAUGCCUGUGCGGUGGUCGGAGGUUGCAUUGCGAUGAGCACGAUGCUUCUGAAGAUCUUGGAUGCCAUCAUAGAAGAAGAGUAG